GGACGUAAAUUAUUCUUCUGAAUUUUAGCUCUGUUUAGGUACAUAAACUCUAGAUGUAUGUUGGAGUUGUGUAAUAUGCUGUGUCACUCACACGCUUGGGAUGUGGCCUUAAUUUUUGUGAGUUACUUGUACUUUAUUUGUUUGUUCAACUGCUAAUUCGGCUUCAUGAUUAAACAAUCAUUUCUCAGUUGAUUAUUGUUGUGUAAGUAUAUUAUAUAUAGACACACAGAACACAGCUUAUUUGUGUUUAUUAGUUCAUUUUUAUAGAGUUUAAGUAGUUUCUUUGGAGUUCUUCUACUGGGGAAGGUGUUUCUGCAAAAGGGUCAUCUUUGAUCAAUAUAAUUCAGAGUGAAAAUGGGUUCUUCUGGGCUUUGAGGCAUUUUAAGAUGGAUCUGGAAGGUGGGCCUCAGUUGAAUCUUGCUAAGAAAGAAUCAUGGAGGACUGUACUUAUAUUGGCUUAUCAGAGUUUGGGUGUUGUAUAUGGGGAUUUGAGUACUUCCCCUUUGUAUGUAUACAAGAGUACAUUUGACGAGGACAUUGAACAUUCAGAAUCCAAUGAAGAGAUUUAUGGAGUGUUGUCUUUUGUGUUUUGGACUCUUACAUUAGUUCCUCUGCUUAAAUAUGUGUUUAUUGUACUUAGAGCUGAUGAUAAUGGUGAAGGAGGGACGUUUGCUCUGUAUUCAUUGCUGUGUAGACAUGCCAGGGUGAGUUCAUUGCCUAAUUGUCAGUUGGCAGACGAGGAUUUAUCAUCUUACAAGAAAGAACCCUCUGUCCCUGACCUGAAUGACUCGAAUAAAAUUGGGUCAAGACUUAAGUCUACUUUGGAGAGGUAUAAGGUUUUGCAGAGAUUUUUGCUUGUAUUAGCUUUGGUGGGAGCUUGUAUGGUGAUUGGUGAUGGAAUUCUCACACCUGCUCUUUCUGUAUUUUCUGCUGUGUCCGGCGUGGAGUUGGCUAUGUCCAAAGAACAUCACAAAUAUGUAGAACUUCCAGUUGCAUGUGUCAUUUUGAUUUGCUUGUUUGCCCUUCAACAUUAUGGCACCAACCGGGUGGGAUUCUUGUUUGCACCUGUUGUCAUUACAUGGCUUUUGUGCAUCAGUACUAUUGGUUUAUAUAACAUCAUUCACUGGAAUCCCCAUAUCUACAAAGCGCUCUCUCCACAUUACAUGUAUGUAUUUCUGAAAAAAACUCAAGGAGGAGGAUGGAUGUCCUUAGGAGGGAUCUUGUUGUGCAUAACAGGUUCAGAAGCUAUGUUUGCUGACUUGGGGCACUUCUCACAAUUGUCGAUACAGAUUGCUUUCACAACUGUCGUUUAUCCUUCUUUGAUCCUUGCAUAUAUGGGCCAAGCUGCUUAUCUCUCUCAGCAUCAUGUAAUGGAAAAUGACUAUCGUAUUGGAUUUUACGUUUCUGUUCCUGAGAAGUUGAGAUGGCCAGUAUUGGUGAUUGCCAUACUUGCUGCUGUAGUUGGAAGCCAAGCAAUUAUUACUGGAACAUUUUCGAUUAUUAAACAAUGCUCUUCACUUGGAUGCUUUCCUAGAGUCAAAAUAAUUCACACUUCCUCGAAGAUUCAUGGCCAGAUUUACAUACCUGAGGUCAACUGGAUUUUAAUGAUCUUAUGCUUGGCAGUUUUAAUUGGUUUCAGAGACACAAAACGCCUGGGUAACGCUUCAGGUUUGGCUGUCAUUACUGUCAUGCUGGUGACAACCUGCUUAAUGUCGCUAGUUAUUGUGUUGUGCUGGCACCGGAGCGUAUUUCUGGCAAUUUGCUUUGUAGUCUUCUUUGGAACAAUUGAAGCCCUGUACUUCUCUGCUUCUCUCAUCAAAUUUCUCGAAGGAGCUUGGGUUCCUAUUGCCCUUGCACUUAUUUUCAUGAUAAUCAUGUAUGUGUGGCAUUUCGGUACCGUCAAAAAGUACGAGUUUGAUUUCCAAAACAAGGUCUCUGUUGACUGGUUGCUCAGCUUGAGUCCUAGCCUUGGUAUAGUGCGAGUCCGUGGCAUUGGUCUUAUUCACACAGAACUUGUGUCGGGAAUCCCAGCAAUUUUCUCCCAUUUUGUCACCAACCUUCCAGCCUUCCACCAGGUUCUUAUUUUCCUGUGCGUGAAGUCUGUCCCAGUGCCACAUGUUAAUCAUGAAGAAAGGUUUCUGGUGGGACAUAUAGGCCCGAAACAGUAUAGGAUAUACAGAUGCAUUGUGAGAUAUGGUUAUCGUGAUGCUCACAAGGAUGAUGUAGCAUUUGAGAAUGAUCUUGUAUGUAGUAUAGCUGAAUUCAUAAGGACUAGAAAGAAAGAAUCCAACGGGGUGAAUGGUAACCUGGCAAACAAUGAUGAGAAAAUGUCGGUCGUUGGAACACCUUCAACUCAUUUAGACGGUGUACAAAUGUGCGAGGACAAUCUUGACGAGCCGAAAAUAGUUAGCACAUCACAGCAUGUCGAUCUAGUGUCAGCAAAGUUGAUGAAGCCUCGAAAAAGGGUAAGAUUUGUGGUACCAGAGAACCCGAAAAUCGAAAGGGAGACAGAAGAGGAAUUGCAAGACCUGAUGGAAGCUAGAGAAGCGGGGGUGGCGUAUAUUCUCGGGCACUCGUAUGUGAAAGCAAAGCAAGGAUCCAGCUUCAUGAAAAAGCUUGUAAUAAACUUUGGUUAUGAGUUUCUGAGAAGAAACUCUAGAGGACCUACUCUUGCAUUAAGUAUACCUCAAGCAUCUACGUUAGAAGUUGGAAUGGUGUAUCAUAUAUAAUGUUGAAUAUGAGAUGAUACAAUAAUGUAUUAUUGCAUGUUCACUUUUUGGAACUUCAGUAUUAUGAAUAUAGAUCAAAAGCAUUACCACUGUAA